CUCCUCAUCAUCGCAUUCUUCCUCUUCUCUCUCUCACCCAGAAAAGUUUAAUAAUAAAGAAUUGAUGACUUUUCCGAAAUGGACGAUGUUGUUGUUGCCGUUGUCGUCUCUGCCCAGUCUCAUAAUAAUUUCUCUCCUAUUUUAUUCCUCAGCAAAUGGGAUGUGUUCCAAGAACCCAACCCAACCCAACCAACCUUCAAUUCUUUCCUUUUUUAUUACAGAUUCUUUGAUUUUAUUUUCCCCUUUUUCUUUCUUUACCUCCUCGUUCCAUUUCUAUAUACCUCUCUGCACCUCAAUGGCCGCCCCUUCUUUUUCAAACCCACACGCCCACUAUUCUUCUCUUGCCGUGUGCUUGUCUCCCUCUAUUUCUUGGCUCGAUCUGCACUGAUAAAAACCCCUGACGGAGACUUUUCAAGACUCGUUUUAUUCCGGCGUCAAAUGUUUUCUCUUUAACCGUACCUUUUUGACUUUCAAUGAAGAUUUAAGGCUGCCCUCAGUGUGUUAAUCAAUGUUUGAAGGAAACAUAGGAAGAAUCUGAUAUAGGAAAGGGAAGUGUGGAUUAGGGUGAGGUGAUAAGUGAUAUCUUAUGGAUGAGAGAUCUUAUUUUAGGCAUUGGAUUAGAAGUUCACCCAAAAGGAUGAGGGUUAUGGCAGUGAGUAGUGAUGGCUCGUCUAAUGAAGUGCCUCAGGAUGCAGAUUAUCCCUCGCUCAGCUAUGAGGUCGAGAGUCUUAUAUUGGCGAGGUUCCCCAGGUCGGAGUAUUGGAAGCUAUGCUUUGUGAACAAGAGGUGUUUAGCCCUUUUGAGGAGUGGGGAGCUGUUCAAGAUCAGGAGAGAGAUUGGUUUCAAAGAGCCCUCUGUGUUUAUGCUGGCGAGUGGGGAGAGUAGUUGGUGGUCGUUUGAUGGAGAGUUUAGGUGUCGGAGGAAGCUCCCGGUCUUGCCAUCCGAUUUUUGUUUCACAUCGGGCGAUAAAGAAUCGCUCUGUGCAGGGACUCAUCUCCUCGUUUCGGGCAAGGAGAUAGAUGGGCUAGUCAUAUGGAGGUAUGAGUUAGCCACGAACGAAUGGUUCAAAGGCCCUUGUAUGGUGAACCCGAGAUGCCUCUUUGCGUCUGCAACUUGUGGGAAUUCCGCCUUUGUGGCUGGCGGAGUCGGGAUGGCUGCAAACAGCCAAGUCUACGACACCGCCGAGAAAUACAACCCCGAGAACCGGUCGUGGGAGCCUCUCCCGAGGAUGAAGACGAGGCGAAAAAUGUGUUCGGGCUGCUACAUGGACAACCGGUUCUACGUGAUCGGGGGGCGAAACGACUCAGGGGAACUCACGUGCGGGGAGUUCUUCGACGAGGCUAGGAACCGAUGGGAGGUCAUACCCGACAUGCUGAAAGACGACCCGGUUAGGACGUGCCACUCUCCCCCCCUCGUCGCAGUGGUGAAUAACGAGCUCUACUCGCUCGAAGCCUCCACCAACCAGCUGAAAGUGUAUCUGAAAAAGAGCAAUACAUGGAAGCAUUUGGGGGCAGUUCCUGUGAGGGCUGAUUUCAACAGAGGGUGGGGAGUGGCAUUCAAGUCUCUGGGGAAUCAACUUCUAGUGAUAGGAGCUUCUUCAGUGUCAAAUUCUGGGAAUUGCAUGGCCAUAUACACCUGCAAUCCAAAUCCAGAUGCCUCUGAACUGGAAUGGAGGCCUCUUCAUGGUGGCAGAAACCAACUCAGCCACUUCAUUUUAAAUUGUUCUGUUAUGGUUGCAUGAUCAUCAGGCCAUGCUUGUAUGUGAAAUUU